GUCUUCAUCUGGUCUUCUGUCAGUCACCCGAAUUUGCCAAGUUACGAAAAUCAAAUUCGAAAUUGCAAAUCUUUGAAAACAACUAUUACAAUUUAAUUGUACAGCUAAGUUACAUUCAAAAUGGAAGAUCAAGGCGACAAACUUUCCAGGAAGAUGAAAGAAAACCCAUUCAUGCCUAUAGGCAUAGUGGGAUUUCUUGCUGCUUUGGGGAUUGGAGCAUACAAGUACAAACAUAGGGGAAAUAUGUCUCGGUCUCUUUUUCUUGUCCAGUUAAGAGUGGCAGCUCAAGGAGUGGUAGUUGGUUCACUUUGCCUUGGAAUCAUAUUUUCGUUGGGGAAAAGAAUAUUACACAGCGCAACAGAUAAAAAAGAAGCUUAGUCUAGUAUUUUUUUGUAUUUAGUAGUUACCUUAUGGAAUGCAUAAUCUUGCUAAACUCAAUGUCUGGUCCUUUAUGAGAACACAACUGGUGAUAACAUAAAAUUAUUUUCCAUUAACUUUGAAAGCUAAUGGCAUAUCGCUAUGGCAGAGCAAAUAAUAAUUUAAAA